GGUUAUGUCCUUAGUUGGAUUUGGAUUAAAUACCCUAGGAUAGGAAUCCAAAUCCUAUUAGGAUUAGGAAAACCAAAUUUAUCUAGUUUGAACAACUCUUGUCCUAAGAAGUAAGGAGCUAAAAGAGGUGAAAAUGAUUCCGCCAUUGCCAUUUUUUGCUGAGGCACAAGUCUUAAUAUCUAUGCUGAUUGUUUGGGUACCUCUAGCAAUGAAAUACUGAUGGUUACUCAAAACAAGUAAACAACCUACAACCAGAGGCUUAUAUUCCCAUUUAAGUUUAAUAUUUCCAUCUCUGGUCAACUGUUAAUUUCGUGAUUUAUUAAUUAUACUCAAGCAAGGCAAGGAAACUGUUUGUCUGUGAAUUGCUCCCAAGUCCCAAUCAUUCAGAGAGGCCAAGGUGUUAUCUUCUCCAUAUCUAAAAACAAACCAAAAGUCAUAUCCCCUGAACUCCACCAACCCAGAAAACAGAGAGCAAUAAUGGGAGACGAAGCCCGGAAGACAACGGACGACAGAGUGGCGAUAUCGAACAGAGGGCUGGAAGAACGUUCCAAAGCUCCCCAUAGUCAACUGGAAGGGUUGACCAUGGACGGCCUCCGGAUUGUGGAGUCGCGGAAGGGAUUCAUCCGCUGCCACUUCACCGUCCCCAAUCGCCUCACUGACGGAGAUGGGAAUUGGCACGUCGGAGCGAUGGCGACUAUGAUCGACGAUCUGAGUGCGUUUGCAAUUUACUCAUUGGUCGGCCAUCUGAAGGCUUCCGUUGAUUUCACCAUCUCUUUUCUCUCCACUGCCAAAUUGGAGGAAGAGAUUGAGUUAGAAGCAAAGGUUGUUGGAGUGAAGGAAAGGCUGGCUUCAGUGGUGGCAGAAGUUAGAAGAAGUAAUGGUGAGCUGAUUGCCUUGGGGAAGCAAUGGAUGACUGCCCAUAACCAUGUACAGAAAGCUAGUAAACUUUGAUUGUUACUUAGAACUAGUUUUCUGCAUGGCUGGAUGAGUUUUAUUUUAAGUAUUAACUAGUUUAUUUUUCAUUAAACAUAAAUACGAGCAUGGCAUGAGCGAGAGAAUUUGCGACACACACAUUCAAACUAUACCCCAGCCAAAUCGAGCAAAUUUGAAAAAUGGGCUCACUGGAGCAUGGCUUCUUCUCCUGGGCCUCCUCAGCCAUGCAACCCAAAUGGAUCCCCCAUGGGUUCUUUUAAGUAUAGCCCACAGUGCACUUAAUGUUGUGAUUUCAAUUUCUUCAGCCCAUCACUCGGCCACUGAUUGUAUUCUCCUCCUUUGACUUGGCUCAUUUAUAUGUUGUCUACUUUGGAUUUGAGUUCCUCGGUGUAGAUUGAUGACAUCUCUUCUUUUCAGUUAACUAGAAAUCUAUUACGUUUUUCAAUUUUCUUAGAUUAGUGUAGCUUAUUAUGUUGUUUGCUUUGAGUUUGAUUUCUUCAAUGGAUUUGAUAAAUAGAUCGUGGAACUAUUGCUUUCCCGUUAUGUUUUGUUGUGGUGUUACACUCCGAUCUUUAUAGAGCAUAUUGUCCGCGUGUACCAGUGUACACACAAAUACUAAAGUUUUCCUAUUAAACUAGCAUUGGAUCCGCCUAUUGGACGGGUGAGUUUUAUUUAUAUUAGUCAUUUUUCUUUUUGUAUAUAAAUUAUUUUAGGUUAUUUACAUCUUUUAUAUUGUUCAAACCUCUAUAAAUUUUUUAAUAAAUGACUUGUGCCACCUUAUAAUAUAAAAUAUAUAGUUUUAAAAUUGAUCUAUCGUCCCUCGCAUGUGAUCUUAAGAAAGGUUAUGAAAUCAUAAUCUUCUUUAACUAAUUUGCCACCAACCACUCAACACUUAGCUUUGAUCCUGUCAUUUGGGAAAUUAAGUUCGUAAUAUAAAGUUCGUUAUUGACUAUAUAUUUUAAUUAAUAAUCUUUUCCCUAUAAUGAAUAUUAUUAAAAAUAUUUAUUCGCUUUGAAUAAGGAACGGAAACAUUCAACUCAUCCCGAUUUAAAUUUUGUGUCGUAAUUUUAGAACUUCAUUGAUGGCUUAAUUCAAAAUUGUACGAAGUUAUUAGUAUUUUUCAACACAUAUACAUUUUUGUGUGUAUCCUAUAAUUGUGAAUCAUUUUCUUUUAUAAGUAGAUAUCAAAAUAUUGAGAAGUUCUAAUUUUCCAUUUAUGUUGAAUUAAUUAUAUUUGGAAACUCCCAUUACAUAUUUUGCAUGCUCAUAUCAUUGUACCUUUUACAUGUAUAUGUGAUAAGAACAAAUAAAAUGGAAAAUAUAUGUCGGUAAAUGCCAGAACAACAUUAUGAAUAAAAACCAGUGAUACGACACUUAGUCGGAACAAAGUAGAAGAUGAAAACAGAAGAAAAUGGAAAAUAUAUGCCAGUUUUUUAACAUCAUUUUAAAGCAAUGCUUAAAAAUACGGAUGAUUCCAUGACAUCCAUCAUUCACCAAAAUAUAUCCUUUCUUUCUCAAAGAAAACCUUACGAAUCCAUUGUGGGUUUUAUGAAGCACGCAUAUUCGCAUAGCUUCACAAUAUUUAUAACAUUUGGUUCAGCUUCCUACAUACAUUAGAAAAGACAUUGCAUAAGAAACAAAUCAAGAUGCAUUCCACAAAUUCAUCCUCCAGCUAAGAAUCAUAAAAUCAACAGUGGUGAGUGAAUGGAACGAUAUUGGUGGACAAAAAACUAGGACUAGACUAUACCAGCAUGCAUAAACAUUUGAGAAAAAGGCAUAACUGUGAGUAGGGCUGCAAAUGAGCCGAGUUUUACUUCAGUUUGAGCUUGACUCAUUAACAAAUGAGCUGAGCUCGAGCCCGAGCCAUUUAUUAACGAGCUGAGUCGAGUUCGAGCUAGGCUUGUUUACUAAAUUCUUAGAUCGUAUUUGAUACAUUCAUUUUGUAUGUCGUGCAUGGUACAUGUGAUUGAUGUAGCGAUAAAAAAAUAAUCAAGUU